AUGGACUCUCAGGACGGUAUUGAUGUCCGCCCUAUGAGGCUGAAAGUUCUUUACACAUUCGACAACGAAAAUAAGACCAAUUGCCUUGCUCGGUGGCCACACGUACUCGAUAUCCAAACAGCCUACCUAGACGAGAACACUCCGGUUGGAGUGAUCGAACUCAAAACAUGCAUCCAGUCCAUCGUUUCUGCUAGCCCUGAGCUGGUGGGUCAAUUAGGAAAGGAUUAUACUGUUUAUGCCUAUGACUACUCCGAAUUUGAAACCCCUCUCGUUGGACAAGGAAUGCUCUCAAGUGUACUGGCCACUUUUUCGUCCACGUCCGAGACAUCUACCCACCAGUCAAAAACAAUGAUUACCGGCCGAGUUUGCAAGAGUCCCCUGAACGGUCUGUUCUCCAAAGGCGCUCAAGAGACAUUAGAGGUCAAAUUACGGCUGGUGCCAGUCCCAACCGUUACCCAGAGUGAGUACCGCGGCAAUAUGCAGAAAUAUCGGGGAUUGACCCGUAGUUCUACAGGCGAUUUUGAUACGCAAUCAUGGACGAAUUUUGUUCGCCAAAAUCCUGCCUUGCUGGAAUCUUCGAGAAGCCAGAGCCACAACGACCAUGGUGGCUCUCCCAUGAAUCAAUCGGGGAUUGAGAGAUUCCACCAGAUCUUGAGUGAAGGUUCAACGCCACGAGAGUUCCCUACAUUCCACCAUAACGGUUCGGUCCGCUCAAUAUCGCCUUCACACUCAUAUGCCGGCAGUCGAGUUUCAACGCCUGGUGGAGCUAGAACACCUGCAUAUCACCAAUCUUAUACCAAGCAGAGCAUCCCCCACAGCGAUAUGAUCCGCCCAUCCUCGAGCGCCUCUAUGCGAGAUUGUGACACUCAAACCCAACUUUCACAAAACCUUCGAAGAGGAUCCAUUCAAUCAGCAUAUGGUAGUGGUGACGAAGAACCUACGGAAGCCCCGCCUCGCAAGAGGGCGAAGGUAUACCAGGCCAACUGGCCCGGAAAGUCGGGGAUGAAUAUCGAAAGACAGCCAAGCUCGUUGCGAGUAGCAGCCAGCACCGCAGCCUCUGUACGAAUCCAUCGUCCAACCCCAGUGAACCCUGCUCUUACGACCGAACAUGCCCACGAGGAGCCCGUCCGUCCACCUACCCCGAUGUCUAGACCUUCUGAUUUCCCCCGACGAAGCCGACCCAGUGGUAGUUUGUUGCGGGAGUCAUCGAGCAUGAGCAUUGUCUCGUGUCCUGCUUCGUACACUUCUCCAUACUGCAUGAGCGAUGAUAUCCCCAACACAGAUGCUACUGCUGAGUCCCCUGAAGAUACUCGAUACCAAGGUAUUUUUGAGCCAUCAUUCAACAUGCCAUCCUCGCCUCCGGUGUUCGAUGGCCGAUUAGCCAAUAGAUCAAGUCCUGUCUUGCCUACUAUGUCCCUAGACAACGACUCCGGUUUCAUGAGUGCAGGGCUGGAGGAACUUCAGGACGAUGAAACCGCCACCCCUCAAAAUGACCACAGAAUGGGGGCUUUUCACGGCACAGCCCAGAGCAAGCGCUCUGUUCGGACUACAGUGCAAGCGAACUCCCCAGUGAGCACUGUUAGUGCCGCCCAAGGAACCAACAAUGAUCCUCUUCCAGUCGACGAGAAUCCAGCAGAGCAGGUUGCAAAGCAGACACCCCGACCGUUAUCUCGUGCUGCCACAUCUCACUCCGUUCAAUCUCGUCCUACGUCUCGUCCGACUACAGCUACCGGAUCGAGGCCUUCAAGCUCCGGCGCACAACGCUUGGCCCCAAAACCACUUGCACCGGCACCACAGAUCUUCCCCAACGAAGCUCCUCAACUUUAUCGCCCAAUUCCCGCUAGUGAUCCAAUCGUGGCCCCUCGUCCUACUGGCCCUAUGGAUGUCACGUUCCUACCUUGCAAGACAUCCAACCAGUCGAAGCAAUCGGCAAAAUCAAAGCAGGGAUCAAAGAUGGUACCAAAGAACAUUAAAGCUCGCUUGGAUAAGGCAAUCCAGGACGGUGCCAUUCCGCCGUAUUGCGAGAAUUGCGGGACCAUUGAAACCGCCAGUUGGCGUCGCGCAUGGGUCAAAACGGUUGAGGGAGGCGAGCAUCUCGCAGAGGAGAUGAUGAAAUGCUCUUCCAUGCUCUUUUGGGAGUCUUCAGAUCGCAACGAUGAGGGUGAGAUGCAUCAUUUCAAGAUUUACAAAAAGGGCGCCGAGAUAGACGAUCCUGAGUGGUUGCAAAUGACCUUUUGCAAUCCCUGUGGUUUGUGGCUCCACAAAUUCAAAAACAUGCGUCCAGAAGAGAAAUGGACUAAGCCAGGAGCCACAAAGCCCGUCAAAAAGAACAAAAAGCGCCCGUCGAGGACUCGUACAGAUGAUUCACUCAACUCUUGCCCUGCUACUAGGACUCGUAGCAAGGCCGCACCAAAGAAGUCCUCAGCUUCAUCGCCCGCACCCACUGAAGCGUCUUCUAUUCACCCUGAAGGGGAGACUCCCCAAAUGGAAGAUGACGAUGAUCAUGAUGUUGAAGCUGAAUAUUCCCCCAACGAUCCUCCUCGGGCAAACAGUGCCGAGCUCGAUGGAACAGAUGAUACUCCAGGACGCCUGUGGUCUAAGCAAGAUGCCAGAGAGGCCAUGCGACGCGCUAUCAAGUCUAGCCCAGCGAGCCGUAUGCAAGCCCGCUCUACUCCAGCGCUAAGCUCCAACAGCCUAACCCCCAAGCCUUUGAGAAGGUCGCUGUUCCCAAAUGCCCAAAGUGAAGGGCCGCUGAAGGAGCUCGAUACUUCUAUGGUGAACGGCUGCUCUCCACGUCGCAGCCCUCGCAUUGCGUCAACAAAGGAUGAGAAGUUGCACCAACAGAAGGAGAACCUUGCGCCCACUCCAGGUGAUGACCUCGAUGAUCUCUUUGAGAGUCCUUCCAUUGGAUUUGAUUCAACAAGCCCUACUCCUCGCCGACGCAACCCUCGGAUCAAUGCGAUUGACAAGCGAUUGUCUUUGCCUGCCAAUUCACCAAGUCUCAACAAACGCAAGGACCUGGGCCCGGUUAUGACUCCGGCUCGACUGUCCGCCGAGCGCUUGCAGCGUAUCCAAGCAAUCCAUGGAAGUCCUCGCUCAUCGCCACGGCAACAAAAGUCUCCUGCUAAGGGACAGACGUUGGCUCCACAGGCUGUCCAUGAUGGUCUUCCAGAGGCUUUCGAGUCCAUUGAUGGCAUGAUUCUCGACAUAUUUGAUCCAUCCGACAAACCCGAUCCUUUCUUCGGAAUGGACCAUGGCAAGUUCGCCGGCGAUAAUUGGGCAGAGUGGCUUCCAACGGACUAUGUAUCCCCGGCCGAGUCUUGUGGAACUCCUGCCAAUGAGCUGCUCAAUGCUCUUUUCUCUGAUCCCUCCGAUAAAGAUAACUUCAACUCCGACCUUCUUCCUUUCAACUUCAAUGACGUUGCCAUUCCCGACUCCGGGUUCUUCAGCUCGGACGCUCUCUCCACUGACGCAUCCAAGGCCCAGCCGGCUGCUGCAGAACCCGAAGGCCAACUCGCCACCUCCCCUGUCUAA